AGAAACUAAAGGCGUUCAUUCAAAUAGAAUGAGGAGCUUAUCCGUUUUUUCAAGAGUUGAGUAUAUGAACAUACAAACGACAAACAUGAUGAGAUAAUCGAGUGUUAAAAAAAGAAGCCUUUACCUAAAUGGUUUACUUCCGGUUAAAAGGGCAAUGUAGUCUAUCCCCAAAGGGAAUGGCUGCCUAUUGACAUAUUGAUAUUCGACAGCGUUGAGGAUUUUGUAUUAUUUGUGUGUCCGUCCUGGUCGUAUAAUCAAAGGAUCGCCGCGGAAAAGGGAAAGUUUCUUCUUCUUCUUCUUCUUUUUUUUUUUUUUUAUAAGCUAACGUCGAAGUCUGCUGGAUUCGACACUUCCUCGACGAGCUGGCGGCACUUCAUCUCAUACUGCCCAACAUCCUUUUUAGGAGCACCAAACAUUCUGUCAUCGUAGCACUCUCCUUCUGCACAACAGCUGUGAUCAGUCAGGCCGGUGCUUCACAACUAGCCAAGACCAUUGGUAAAGACAACCAAAAGGUCUUAAAACCACUGAUUCUGGACAAUCGGUGCACUGCCGUUCAGUACUGGGUCAACCAAAAUUCAUUACAAAGUCUUCACCACGGAGCCUCAAAGAUUGUGAUGCCUGGAUCCUCCUCGGCUAGCAGCAAGUCUAGGGUAUACACCGAUGUCAACACAUGGAAAAACAGAGAUUACUGGGAUUACGACGCACACAUAUCUACUUGGAGAAAUCAAGACAACUACCAACUAAUGCGCAAAUUGGGUCGAGGAAAAUACAGUGAAGUUUUUGAGGCCAUUAAUGUGAACAGCAGUGAAAAAGUUGUUGUGAAAAUCCUCAAGCCUGUCAAGUGGAAGAAGAUCAAACGGGAAAUUAAGAUUCUUGAAAAUCUACAAGGAGGGACCAACAUCAUCCGGCUAGUUGACACAGUUAAAGACCAAGUGUCCAGAACACCAGCACUUGUCUUUGAGAGCAUCAAUAAUACGGAUUUUAAGGCACUUUACAAGAAACUGACAGACUAUGAUAUCCGUUACUACAUGUAUGAGCUUCUCAAGGCUCUGGACUACUCUCACAGUAUGGGCAUCAUGCAUAGAGAUGUAAAGCCCCACAAUGUGAUGAUCGACCACCAGCUGAGAAAGUUGCGUUUGAUAGAUUGGGGUUUGGCAGAAUUUUACCAUCCUGAUCAAGAAUACAAUGUCAGGGUGGCCUCCCGCUAUUUUAAAGGCCCAGAGCUGCUUGUUGAUUACAAGAUGUAUGACUAUAGUUUGGACAUGUGGAGUCUUGGGUGUAUGUUUGCAAGCAUGAUUUUUUUGAAGGAGCCAUUUUUCCAUGGCCAAGACAACUAUGAUCAGUUGGUUCGGAUUGCUAAAGUUCUUGGAACUGAUGACCUUUUCUGCUAUCUGCAUAAGUACCACAUACAACUCAACACUCACUUCAAAGACCUCCUUGGACAGACAACGCGGAAGAGUUGGGAGCAAUUCAUCCAGACUGAGAAUCAACACUUGGUGAGCCAUGAGGCACUCGACCUGCUCGACAGGCUCCUCCGCUAUGACCACCAACAAAGACUAACAGCAUUAGAAGCCAUGAAGCACCCCUAUUUUUAUCCUGUGGUGAAACAAUCCAAGACUAAUGCCAUUACAGCCAGCACAAAGGCAAUAACCACCUCCAAUACAUCAUGACACAUAGUAAUAUAAGAAUAUGUUCCCUCAACCAGCAAAGAUCUCUGUCUUCACACCAACAGCCAGGCUGGACCAAGUCGUCAGUAUUGCAGCACUUACUUCGUCAAUUCCAGAUUCGGAGAAUCUUUGAAGCUUAGAAUGGACCUAUUGUAAAGCCCAGCCCCCUUGUAUAAUUCUGUCAACCCAAGGCUCUGUCAGUUCUCUCAGUGACAGCGAUUGAGUGAACGAACGAUUUGUGGAUGAUGGCGGGAGUUCAAAUUUCUGACUUUGCACGACCACUCCUAGCAAUAGACCUUUUUUUUUUUUUAAUUCAUUUUUGUUUGUUUUUUUGAAUGACUUUUGUAUAGACGCAGACAGAGAGGGUUGCAGUAUGCAGUAGAGUGGUAUGUCCAUGGUAUUAAACUUUACAGAGAGGGGACCAUUAUUAUAAUCAAAGCGAAAUGCUACCACUCGCAACUUAAAGCGGAAGUUUUGACAUUAGGCCUAAUCUUCGAGUUAGCGGGGGUUUAAUUAAUCAGUGGAGUUGAUUCCAACAAAUUCCAUGCAGUAUGUGAGUUAUUUAUUAGUUUCAGGGCUCCGCGGUGGCUAAACUAGAGCGAGUUAAUGGCCCCAUCUUAGCAUGUCAAUAAAAAUACGAUACAGAUCUACGAACAGAGUCAAAAUAAAUUCAAAAUGCAGAUCAUUGUUCCAAAUAUCCAUGCGGCUGAAAACAAUGUCACACCAAACUGCUGUAAUUCAUUUUACUCUACAGGACUAUUUUUUUAGAUGCGUAAUGCCACAGCAAUAGUGCUGCGGCCUCUCGUGCCCAUUCUGCAUUCGAGGAAGGUGGGAAGUCGGACUUAUACCACUUGGAUGGUACCAGUUGCGACCUGAUCAUGCCAAUUUUUUAUUUUUUUUCCUUCAUUUUGGCCAUCAAAAGACAUUUUGACCUCCAGCAAACCUGCCUUCUCGCAAGCGAUCAAAUAGUGGAGGAAAAACUGAAUAUGUAUGUAAUGUACACACUGUAAACUGCCUUCUUUAGUUUUACUAUUGAUGUUGAUUGAUAUUUCGACGGGCAACGCCAUUUCGUCAAGCAACGUCAGGGUACUUUUUUUCCCCUGACUUCGUGACUAGGACCUCCCAGGUCGAGUGCCGUUCGUAGGAUAUUUUUCCUGCUUGGAAGUUGGAAAUCUCCGACUUCCUACCUUCUUCGAAUGCAGCAUCAGUCUAUUGAGUCUUGACUAAAGAACAGCAACAUGGUGAAAUGUGCUUUCAGAGGCUGUGGAAACUAGGGCUGCAGCUAUCCAUUAUUUAGGUAAUCGAUUAAUCUAGUUCGAAUAAUCGAGUAAUCAAAUUACAAACAUUUAAUGUGUUGCAGAAUAAAUUUUAGGAUAAGUUAAACAAUUAAACAAGUGUUUAUGCUUGCAAUAAUAUUUAUUUUGGCUUGCUAAGAUUACACUUUCAAAAGAGCAUUAGAUGCGAAAACAAAUAAAAUUCCUGAGUGUUUCUUCAAACAAUGCAGAAUUGCACUUUCAUUUCACAAGACCAAUAAAUGCAUUUUUUGUUAAAAAAUACCUGAGUUUAGCCUCAAAUGAUAUAAAAGAUAAAUGAGAAUCUAAGUACAACAAAAGAACAAUUGCAAAACUCAUUGACAAAAGUCUGCUAGCAUAGAUACUCUAAAAUGCUUAGAGUUUUAUAAUCAAACAUAUUAGCUCAAACCAAAACAUACCUCAUGUUGGUUUUAAUAGGGAGCGGCUGGAUUCAGCCAUUUUAGCUGAGUUAUGGCAUAUUCACUGUUGCCACUAGAAGGUAGUGUAUCCACCCACAUCAAUAAAACUAAAUGCAACACUUUCGAAACAAACCAUGACAAUGUCACUAAUUAAACGAAUCGUAGAAGCAGCAAAAUUUGAUUUGAAGCUUUUUUCUAAUCGAAUACCUCGAGUUAAUGGAUUAUUCGUUGCAGCACUAGUGGAAAUGGAAGAAAUGGGCAAAUUAAACUUUCCACAAAUUCCCUAUGAAGAAAGAGGAACAAUAUAAACUGUGGUUUCUUGCUGCUGGCUAUGACAAAAACACACCGUUCUGCAGGCUGUUCUCUGCAGAGCUGCAAGAUUACAAAUGUUGCUGUUCAUACUACAGUUAUUUACAUACAGUGGUAAGUUUUAAUAACUUUAUCCCGAAAACGUAGCCAACACUAUUGAUUACAUGGGUCAUCGAUGAUUUUCAUGUGUCCAUAUGUAGGUCAUCGGUGAUUUUCAUACGCGCGCAUGUUUUUUUUUUUUUUUUUGACAUUCUAAGACUCACGCUAGCUUAGCCACUCUGGAGCCCUGAAACUAACUAAUAACUAACAAACUGCAUGGAAUUUGUAGAAAUCAACUCAGUCUAAUGAAACCCCCGCUAACUAGAAGAUUAAGCCUAAUGACAAAAAUUCUGAACUUCCCCUUUAGACCCUCCCAGCCCGAAUAUCUAUCUAUCUAGCUAUCACGUUGCCUACUGUAUUUUUCAGACUAUAAGUCGCACCUGAGUAUAAGUCGCACCAGCCAUAAAAUGCCAACGAAGAGGAAAAUAAACAUAUAUCAGUCGCACUGGAGUAUAAGUUGCAUUUUGGGGGGAAAUUUACUUGAUAAAAUCCAAUGCAUAGAACAGAUAUGUCAUCUUGAAAGGCAAUUUAAAAUAAAAGUACAACAGAGAACAACAUGCUGAAUAAGUGUACAAUAUGAUAAUGUUACAUGAUGCUCGAACAACGAAAUGCAAAUGUGGCCGGUAUGUUAAAAUAACAUAGCCAUUAAGAGUUGGUCAGAUAACUAUAGCAUAAAGAGCAUGCUAACAAGUUUACCAAACCAUCAGUGUCACUCCAAAACACCAAAUAAAUAAUGUGUGAAAUGGCAUAAUAAUGUGUUAAUAAUUUCACACAUAAGUCACUCCAGAGUAUAACUAGCACCCCCAGCCAAACUAUGAAAAAAACUGUGACUUACUGUCCGAAAAAUAAGGUACUUAGUAAUGUUAUGUCAUGUGUCCAGUCAGAUUUUUUUCCUGAAGAUUUUGUGGCGAUGAGCAGUGUUUUACAUUCAGUUGGAUUCUCAAUAUUAUACAGAGGUGAUAAAUAACCUACAUUAGAAACAAAGGUACAUGUGCAACAUGAAUACGACAUAAAUAAAUGCUCAACGUUGAGAGAGCGGCAUGCAUUCGAGUUGACCACAGCCAAAUGCUAGGAGUGUGCGUGAGGAGAACUUUCCUUCGAGUGCAUCAGUAACCAAAUGUAAGUCCAUCUUCCUUUUUUUUAAUAUAGUGCUUUUGUGGUGUUUACUUUGGACUUCCAUUGCUGGGGUAUUGGCAGCUUAAAUUAGUUCUAUUUAUUCUAUUUGUGUAGUGACAGGCUAGUAAACAAGUAGGCAGUCAAAUGUUGGCAAACUAACGUUUAUAGUUAAGACUACAUUUUUACUACAUGCUAUCUAAUAUUUGUAAUUUAUAAAUGUAUAACAAUUUUUAUAUAUAUAUAUAUAUAUUUAAAAAUAAUUAACUUGGCUUUGAGCAAGCAUUAGUGUCCUUGGGUGACUGUCUUGACAUUCGGGUGUUUAUGUGAUCGACAACAGAGCCUUAUCCAUAGCGUGCAAUUGGAGAGCCUUCUUUCAGCCUUUGAAAAAAAUUCCUCCCCCCAAUUUGUCAGGGUACCUGGUGUCGGAAUUAAAGGUACACCACAGACAGCAUUCAACCAUCAGGUUUUUGCAGUUUUAAAGUUAGAAAAAAGAUUUUUUUAAGUCACGACCACACUGUACUCCUAUGCAACUCUACGGCUAGGUGUCCAACUUCUGUCAUUUGGUGCCGUAGUUUUGCAAUAGGUCCAUAAAGCCUGAGACCAAACCUCGAUGUCCCUAUAACACAAUAAUAACUCUAAUAACCUAUAAUAACUCCGAUUUAAACCUUUUUUGUCUCCAAAUGACUGUUUCAUCAGGAUAAAUUAGGUAUUCUGCUGUAUAUGUUUGUCAUCUGCUGUGACCAGACAUCUAGUUCUAAUAUUAGCACUGAGUGGUUUAAAAGUUAUUUUCUUCUUUAAAGGAGAACAAUAUUUUGAAAGAAAAUAAACUUUUUAUGUAAAUAUUUGUUUGGGAAUAGUGAUUUCAUUUUAAUGUCUUAUUGAAUGGACUUUUUGACCAGGUAUUAAACGUCUUUAUACACGG